AUGACUAUACCGCCGUCUCCGAGGAUGAUAACAACACCGGAGGAGACGAUGGAAUCUCUUAGCCAACAAGAUGCGUGCGAGAGGUUGAAGGAUAAGUCUCCGUCCCUUCCCUCUCGACGUACUUCACAAAUGCCGUCGAAUCGUCAAUCUCUUCCGACGAGCCUCCGUGAUACGAUUUCUCCGGAGGGAGAGGGAAAAGAGAAGGACUGGAACGAGAGAACAGAGCAGAUUGCGGAGCUUGAAUGGGUUAAUAACGUUGAGUAUUUCAUCACCAAGAAACUUUGUGUUUGGUGUCGGGUUGGUAAUGGGCAGUGGCACUUAGGGAAGAUUCAAUCUUCUACUGGUGAAGCGGCUUGUGUUGCCUUGUCUAACACGGAAGUUGUGGAAGUAUCAAUGAAAGAGAUUCUCCCAGCAAACCCAGAAAUUUUGGAGGGAGUUGAUGACCUUAUACAGCUUAGUUAUUUGAAUGAACCUUCUGUUCUUUACAACCUCAGAAUCAGAUACUCACAAGACUUGAUUUAUAGUAAAGCAGGACCAGUUUUGAUUGCAGUGAAUCCGUUUAAGAAGGUCCAGAUUUACGGUAACGAGAUUCGAUCAGCUUAUCAGAAGAAGGCUUUGGUUGCUCCACAUGUGUAUGCAGUGGCUGAUGCAGCUUUUGAUAAGAUGAUGAGAGGUGAGAGCAUCAACCAUCUUCAUGAUGGAGAAAGUGGAGCUGGGAAAACUGAGACAGCAAAAUAUGCAAUGCAGUAUUUGGAAGCUCUUGGUGGAGGCAACUUUGGGGUGGAUAAUGAAAUCUUAAAGACUAACUGUAUACUUGAAGCUUUUGGGAACGCUAAAACAUCAAGAAAUGAUAACUCUAGCAGAUUCGGGAAACUGAUGGAGAUUCAUUUUAAUGCAAAGGGAAAGAUAUGCGGAGCCAAACUUGAAACUUUCUCUUUGGAACAGUCAAGAGUAGUUCAGCUUUCCAAUGGGGAGAGAUCCUACCAUAUCUUUUAUGAAUUGUGUGCAGGUGCUUCACCAAUUCUUAAAGAGAGAUUGAAUCUUAAAGAAGCAAGUGAAUACAAUUAUUUGAACCAGAGCAACUGCUUAACCAUUGAUCGCAUUGAUGAUGCUCAGAAAUUUCACAAAUUGAUGGAAGCUUUCAACAUUGUUCAGAUUCCUGAAGAAUAUCAAGAACGUGCAUUUGCACUGCUUGCAGCUGUAUUAUGGUUAGGGAAUGUAUCUUUUGAAGUGAUUGACAAUGAAAACCAUGUGGACGUGGUAGCAGAUGAAGCUGUGACUAACGUAGCUAUGUUAAUGGGAUGCAACCCAGAAGAGCUUAUGGUGGUUUUGUCUACAUGCAAGCUCCAAGCUGGUAAAGAUUGCAUUGCUAAAAAACUGACACUGCGACAGGCGACUGAUAUGAGGGAUUCACUAGCAAAAAUCAUCUAUGCCAGCCUUUUCAACUGGCUUAUUGAGCAAAUAAACACUUCACUUGAAGUUGGUAAAUUAAGAACAGGAAGAUCUAUUAGUAUCCUUGAUAUAUAUGGGUUUGAGUCAUUUAAGGUUUGUAACCUUGCUCUAGUUUUGUUAGUCUUUAUUUCUUUUGACUGUGUAAUGAUCCAGUCUCCUUUGUUUCAGAAUAAUAGCUUUGAACAAUUUUGCAUAAACUAUGCAAAUGAAAGACUCCAACAACAUUUCAACCGACAUCUAUUUAAACUUGAACAAGAGGAAUAUGAAGGGGAUGGAAUUGAUUGGACUAAGGUUGAGUUCAAAGACAAUCAAGAGUGUCUAGAUCUGAUUGAGAAGAAACCCAUUGGUUUGGUGUCACUACUAGAUGAGGAAUCAAAUUUCCCAAAGGCCACUGAUACGACGUUUGCCAACAAGCUGCAGCAUCAUUUGAAGUCCAACUCUUGUUUCAGGGGAGAAAAAAGAGGUCGUGGAUUCAGAAUUAAUCAUUAUGCCGGAGAGGUUCUCUAUGAUACAAAUGGCUUCCUGGAAAAGAACAGAGAUCCACUACAUGUUGAUCUUAUCCAACUUUUAUCAUCAUGCAAAUGUCAAUUACUGAACUUGUUUUCUUCUAAUAUGCAUGACAAGUCUCUAAAGCCAGCAAACUUGUCGGAAUCCAUGAAUCAAAGUGUGAUUACAAAGUUUAAGAGCCAACUUUUCAAGUUGAUGAACAAGUUAGAAGACACCACCCCUCAUUUUAUUCGAUGCAUAAAGCCAAACUCAAAUCAGCUUCCUGGAGUUUACGAAGAGAAUCAUGUUCUACAACAACUUAGAUGUUGUGGAGUUUUGGAGAUUGUUAGAAUAUCAAGAUCAGGAUACCAUACUAGGAUGACACAUCAGGAUCUUGCAACAAGAUAUGGAUUCUUACUGGACACAAAACUCUCCCAGGAUCCACUUAGCACAUCAGAUUCUAUUAUGAAGCAAUUCAAUCUUCCUCCUGAAAUGUAUCAAGUUGGAUAUAGAAAAAUAUAUCUUAGAACCGGGCAAAUUGGCUUACUUGAGGAAAGAAGAGAAUAUGUUCUGCAUGGUGUAAUUGCAUUACAGAAGCAGUUUCGUGGUUAUAAGUCCCGUGAAUACUUCAACAAUAUGAAGAAUGCAGCAUUGAUACUUCAGUCUUAUAUCCGCGGUGAAAUUGCCAGGAGAAACUACAUUGUAGUGAAAACACCGGUUAAAGUUUCCUCAGCAGUAACUAAAGAGCUUGAUGCAGUCAUACACUUGCAAUCUGUGGUACGAAGAUGGUUGGUUCGUAAGCAGUUAAAGAACAGUGUGGAACUGAAGAAAAAAUCACAUCACGAGAAGAAAAAAACGAAAAGAAAGUCAAGGAGGAAGGUUUCAGAAGUCAAGGACCUUACUUUAGAGCAGUUUCAAUUCCAACCUUUGGCUCUUGCUGAUCUCCAGAGCCGAGUUCAGAAAGUUGAAACAGCUAUAAUGCAGAAGGACGAUGAAAACACUGCAUUAAAGGAGGAGUUGCAACGGUUUGAGGAAAGAUGGUUAGAGAAUGAGACAAGAAUGAAGUUAAUGGAGGAAACAUGGCAAAAACAUAUCUCGUCAAUGCAGAUGAGUCUGGAAGCUGCAUAUAAUAUAAUGACUCCAGACAAGACUCCAAGUCACGGUAAUGACUCGUCAGAGGACACAAUGUCUCCUGGAACUCCAACAAAAGAGCUCAAGGGUGAUAGCUUGAAUAAUGAUGAUGUUAAGGAUAUUUAUGUAGAAGAUUAUCAACGUAGAGUCAUAUUUGAGGAAGAUGUGAAGCGUCAUGUGGAAACAGAAUUGGAAAGAGAGUCGAUGGCAAUGACGAAGCAGCAAGCAGAAGAAGAACUCAGUAGACUCAAGUCAAGAUUCGAGAAGUGGAAGAAAGAUUACAAAGCAAGACUACGAGGGACAAAGGCAAGGCUCCGGUUAAACGGUGGUCACCGGCAUUGGUGGUGCAAGAAAAGCUUUUGA